CACAGGCAGAAGAAGCGUAAACCGUCACGUUUUAAGGGUCGCGCAGCGGGCGAGUUUGAGACAACUCAUAGAGCAGAGGUUCCAAUGAAUGGCGCAGCCUGUUUGAGACCUGUAUUUGAGCGAUAGAGUCAAUCAUUACACUGUCGGUGAACAUUCAGUUGUUUUGGCCUCGUUCUGUUGGUGGAGAGUCGUUUACAAAGUUGCAGUAAGUUUUUGCAAGAAGCGGGGCGAUUAAUAGCAUCUAACCUGUUGCUGAGGAAUCUCCACGUUUUGCGUGGACUCUGCGGAGAAGAAACGUAGUGGAUUCGGCGACGUACAACAGACUAAAGGAUUUACAUUAACGUGUGUAACAUGUUAGUUCGCAUUUUUCGGCCGUGCUAAUGUCAAAAAAGGACUGGAAGGACGGAAUUACUGCCGACGACAGUAACAGCAGCAUGCUCUAGCCACACUCGCCAAGGACGUAAAAUUUGAUGACUCUUUAACAAAGUAGUAACACCACGACAAACCAAAAUUUGGCAAAUUGUGGCAUCAUGGCAAGUAAGCUGAGGAGCCUGUGUGACAUUUUGUCGGAGAUAAAGUUUGGAAAAUAACUUUCACAUUUCGCUGAACGUUGGACAAGACAACAGAAGUUCACUACGUUGAGACAACACUGCCCACGUUUGAAGCUAUGAUGCUGGUUACUUGGGGCAUAUUUAUCCACGCAUUCUUUGUAUUGUUGGUAAGAGCCAACCCGUGGAGCCUCAGAGAUUCAGCGAACUGCGAGCUUAACAAAAAACAAAGUGAACUAAACUCCUUCUUGUGGACAAUCAAACGAGAUCCGCCUUCCUACUUCUAUGGAACCAUCCAUGUGCCCUAUACCCGUGUCUGGGACUUCAUCCCAGAAAACUCCAAGAAGGCAUUCCAGGAGAGCCACAUUGUCUACUUCGAGCUGGACCUGACGGACCCACACACCAUCUCAGCCCUGACCAGCUGCCAGUUGCUGCCCCAGGGGGAGAACCUGCAGGACGUCCUGCCCCGGGACAUCUACCGGCGCCUGAAGCGCCACCUGGAGUACGUCAAGCUCAUGAUGCCGUCGUGGAUGACCCCGGACCAGCGAGGCAAGGGCCUGUACGCGGACUAUCUGUUCAACGCCAUCGCUGGCAACUGGGAGCGCAAGCGGCCCGUGUGGGUGAUGCUGAUGGUCAACUCGCUGACCGAGGCCGACAUCAAGACGCGCGGCGUCCCCGUGCUCGACCUCUACUUGGCCCAGGAGGCAGAGCGCAUGCGCAAACGGACGGGCGCCGUGGAGAUGGUAGAGGAGCAGUGUCACCCACUGAACAGGCUCAACUUCUCCCAGGUUAUUUUUGCCCUGAAUCAGACCCUUCUGCAGCAAGAGUCUCUCAGAGCAGGCAGCGUGCAAAUCCCGUACACCACCGAGGACCUCAUCAAGCACUACAACUGUGGAGAUCUCAACUCCAUCAUCUUCAACCAUGACACUUCACAGGUCCCCAACUUUAAUAAUGUCACUCUGCCACCAAGCGAGCAGAUCACAGCGCAGGAGAUUGACAGCUACUUCAGACAGGAGCUGAUCUACAAGCGCAACGAAAGGAUGGGAAAGAGAGUGAGAGCCCUCCUGGAGGAGCACCCUGACAAGAGCUUCUUUUUCGCCUUCGGCGCCGGUCACUUCCUGGGCAACAACACAGUGAUUGAUGUGCUCCGGAGUCAAGGCUACGAAGUGGAGCACACUCCCGCGGGGCAGCCCCUUAACAGAGGCUCCAAGUCAGAGGGUCAGGACUCGGACCUGGAGGACUUCUCUCCCCUGGAGCCCUUCCUGCACGAGUCCCUGGACCUGCUCCCCCUGGAGGAUGAGGACGGGCUGCCGCACAUGCUCCUGCCCGACAGCCUGGAGCUGCUGGAGAAGGUGGAGCGCAAGCUCAAGAAGAAGCGGCGCAACAAGCAGAAGAAGCAGCGCCACCGGCAGUUCAACGACCUGUGGGUCCGCAUCGAGGAGAGCUCGACGAUAGAGCCGCCUCCCCCGCCGCCCGUGGUGCGCAUCAUCAACGGCUACAUCACGGUGCAGCCGUACGAGUCCAGGGGUCACGGCCGCUCCCACCACAGCCGGACGCUCUCGGGCUCAGCUCUCGCACCACUGCCGUCGCCGCUCCUCGCCGUGCUGUGCCUGUGGACGCUGGUCACUCACAGUCUCCUGCUCCUCCGCCUCUAAGGCCAGAGCCAAAGGGGCCGACUAGUAUGCCCACACAGAACACAGAAGCCCUUCUCCGAGGGGAGGACUGGCACAGAC